ACCCUUCCAGGGAAAUGCAGCAGUUUACUGGUGAUCCCACGGUGGAUGCUACUUUGGCAGGCUGAAGGCAACCAUGAGAUUUCUCCUGCUUUGGGCCUGGAGCAUUUUUCCGGGAUGCUUCUCUCUAACGGGCCCCAGACAUGUACAGGGCACCCAAGGCAAGCCCCUGACCGUGUCCUGCCUCUACAGGGAGGGCUACGAGGAGUACAAUAAAUAUUGGUGCCGCGGGGCCCAGUGGGCCUCCUGCAAACCAGUGGUUGAGACCUGGACGGACAGAAAACUCCAGAAUGGCCGGACGACCAUCCGUGACUUUCCGAGAAAUCUCAAGUUCGAAGUGACAAUAGAGAAUCUGGCCCAGGAAGACCAGGACUUUUACUGGUGCGCCAUCGAUAGGCUAGUAGCUCGGGACUACAAGGUCCGAGUCCGUGUGACCGUGAGUCCCUCAGGACCCACACAGUUCAGCUGGCCUGAUGACAUAUGGUCUGAUUCUGAUUUUCCUCCUCCUGAGGCUGCCUCUGGGUUCAGAGGGACUACUGUUGGGGCCUGUGUCAUAGUAAUAAUCUUGAAAAUAUUAAUCUUUCUGGGCUUGUCCUGUGCUGCCGUCUGGAGACAGAAAUACCAGACCGGAAAGACUGUGGGAAUGGCGGCUGCAGGAACUCUCAUCUUUCCACCAGCGGUGUUUCCUGUGAAGUUUAUUUUCUGGAGAAAAGGUCACAAAUCCCCCAGCUCCUCUGGAUCAAGCACUUCAACACCAAACCAGGGCCAAGUUUCGGUUUGAAGGCCUUGGAGAAACCCAAGAGGUAGAACGAAUGGGCUCUUGAGCCGGUGUCCUUAGGUGGGCCUCAGAUUGUUUGGCUGUGUCCUUUGGGCACAGUCCCUGGGACCCUGAAGCCAGUGGCAGAAGGAGUCACACGUGCUCAAGGAAAAUG